AUGGCUCCACAAGUCACUCUCGAUUACACCGAAGUCUUCGGCUACAAGAACGACAGCCUUACGCCAGAAGCGUAUGUCGAAACGUUUCCAAGCCCUGAUAUGCUCGGAAACCCGAACGUCAAGACGCAGCAUCUUCUCGUGGCAUCCACCGUACGACAGCUGUCAUCAACGAUAGCGGUGGCUGGGCGACAGAUCCGAGCAAUGCAUGUCCUGUAUAACCCCGAUACCAAAAAGGAGAUCGCCCGAAGCUCUGGCCAUGGCGUAUUACAAUUCACCUACGAGAAGGUCGAAGGCGUUUGGAAGAUUGCGGGUCUUAAAGCCUCUAACGAUUUCUUUGACAAUGAAAUGAGAGGCGUCUUCCCUUCGUUCCCCAUCAUAGAAUUGAAACUCUAA